CUAACCACAGCGGCAGUGCAGGCGGCCCCCGGUCCCCCACCCCUUCCACGCAGCGCUCGCGACAAGUGCGCAGGGGAGGGCGAGCGCGUGCGGCGGGGCCAGCUGCGUUCCGAGCCCGGGCACCGCCGCCUGCUUCUCUGGAAGCGCCUGGGAGCCCCGCGGCGCGGAGUCCGAAGACGGCCACCAUGGAGGCGCAGGCACAAGGUUUGUUGGAGACUGAACCGUUGCAAGGACGAGAUGAAGACACAGUAGCAAGUGCUGACUUCUCUAGCAUGCUGUCUGAGGAGGAAAGAGAAGAGUUAAAGGCAGAAUUAGUUCAGCUCGAAGACGAAAUCACAACAUUACGGCAAGUUUUAUCGGCAAAAGAAAGGCAUCUGGUUGAGAUAAAGCAAAAACUCGGCAUGAACCUGAUGAAUGAAUUGAAGCAGAAUUUCAGCAGAAGCUGGCACGACAUGCAGACCUCGACCGCCUACAAGAAAACACACGAAACGCUGAGUCACGCAGGGCAGAAGGCAACUGCAGCUUUCAGCAACGUGGGGACGGCCAUCAGCAAGAAGUUUGGAGAUAUGAGGUCUCACUCGAUCGGCUACUCCAUUCGCCAUUCCAUAAGUAUGCCUGCUAUGAGGAAUUCUCCUACUUUCAAAUCAUUUGAGGAGAGGGUUGAGACAACUGUCACAAGCCUUAAGGAAGCGCUGGUAAGCUCACAGCUCACGUGGCGUUUUAGUGUUUGAUCCAGCACCCUGCGCUUCUCGCUUUUCUCUCUUCACUGGGACGGAAGGUGUAGAGCCCGCCUCCGCCUUCAGACAUGAACAAAACGAACUCAGCCGACCAGAUCCUACCCUGUGUCAAGACUUCCUGAAAGUGGAUUCAGUGUCUGCAUGAUUAUCCCCGCGGUUUAACAAGACUCACAUCCCACCCACCUCCUAUGUCACAGCCGAUGCCUACUUCCUCUUCUUCUGCCCACCCAGGCAAUGGAGAAUAAAUAACUAAUAAUUGUGCUUUGUAUAAAACUUCCCACUCACUCAGUCACUGCAAAUUCCUCAUUCUUUUUCUUUCUCCAGGCUAAAUAAUAGAUGUUUAACCCUUCUUUAUAUAUAUUUGCCGCAUAGUUUUUUGUUCUAAAUUUUCUUCAAAAUUUCUAUAACGUUCUUCAAUUCUGGGUCCCAGGCUGUUUCCGGGUGACUCACAAGUCAGUAAGGAUGAAUCAGUGAGGAAAUGCCUCAUGGGUCUUGUGCUGCGGUUCUAUCACACGUACUGUUUUAAGCCCAGUUUUAAAAAACAUCGCUCAAAAGGAAUCCUAUUCAUAUUUGUAUCUAUUAGAAAUAAUGUUCUGCUGGGAAGGGAGGUCUGUUCUUGCCAUCUCCUCACACAGUCUGUCACACACCUUGUGGGAUUUAUACCCAACUGAUUGUUCUUCCUUUAUACCCAGUUCUGUAGACAACUUGGUUUUCCAGGAAAAUUUUUCCAUUUCAUCACCAUUAUAUAAAAUUUAGUCCUAUUUGCCUUGGUCCUUGUAAUACGUCACUGUCUCACCUGAGGACUCGCAGCUGGUUUCACCUCUGUGCUCAAUGAGCAUACUUUCUCUUGCCUCUAAAAUAAACAAGCAUAGCAAGAACAAGCUCCUAUGAAACCAUAAUGUGUUGUGUUUCACCAUGUUCCAGUGAAUAAGGAGCAACUACAUCCCUUCCAGCCGUCUGGUCAGUCAGCCUUCCAGCCAUUCUCUGAACCAUGGCAAGCAGACCGUAGUUCUAGUGCACCUAUUUUUGAAGAAUUCUUUGCAGGGCCUGACUUAGAAUCUUAAGAAAAAGAUAAGAUAUAUUUAUGACUUCUUUGUGUCUUCUCAACGAGCCAUAUGAUUAUGAGAGAUUAGGCGGCCCAACUCAAUAAUUCAAAUAGAAUUUUAUGCAACCAAUAAUCAUAGUUUUGGGGAUAAAGUGGCAAAUGCCUGAAUGAAGAGCCGUAAUGAAGGGAAGGGUCCAGAAAAGGUUUAUUGUUCACAUCUUUCCCGAAGCAACUCCUGACCUCAAUAAUUGCUGUGGACAGUCAUUCAACUCACGUCGUUAGGAAACCCCUUUAUUCCACUCAACCCUCUCGGUUAGAAAACCCCUUCACUGUGCUCCCUUUUUUUGCCAAAUUGCUUUAAUUCAAAACGAUUUCCUCUUUUAUUUUUCUAUUUUGAAUUGGAAAAGAUCAAGAACUAGGAGAAGAGAAAGCAACAAAGCCCGAAAGAAAACAUCAGUGAUUGGUAUUCACUUGAUUCAAAACUGUGUGUGACUUCUACUGCAAAACAGAGUGCAAGUACAACAAAGAGGAGAAUGGGAUCUCUUAAUAGAGUAGAUUACAUUGAAUUGAUCUUGUUUCUCUCCAGAAAGAAAUAAACAUAGUGAAAAGUCACAUAGUUGAAAGCAAUCCCUGCUUCUUCCCAGUGCUGGGAUGACAGAGGAGGAAUCAGUCAGUGCUCAGUGUCCGAGGUCUGCAAAUCAAGGCCUGUGGGCCAAAUCCAGCUAGCUGGCUAUUCUUGAAUGGCCUGUAAGCUAAGAAUGGUUUUUAUAUAUAUUUUUUAAGAUUUUAUUUAUGUGGCAG